UCAGUGAGGUGUUGUGUGUGGUUCUUGUUGUGAAGCAAGCAAUACUGUCAAGUAUUAUCAAUGCUGCAGCUUUGAAAUUCGUCACUUUCUGUACACCAUUACCUCAAGCGCAGGCUUUGAAGUAUCUGUCUUGCCGUCGAAAUUUUGUUCUGGUUUUUUAGUGUUAUGCCAUGGCAGACACCGACGAUUAUCUGUCUGUUUACAAAAAGUUCUUCGAUGAUUUCGCGGCUACCGUGAACCCAGAUGACCAGUUGCCUGUUAGAGUUGCUGGAUAUUUUCUGCGUGAAGAUGAAAUUGUCGGAGAAAUUGUUGACUGGACUCUACAGUACCUGAAUCAGAAGAACUGCCCCGCCGGACUGACUGCGCCCAUCGCGCGCCAGGUGCUGGACGAGGUCAAAGCAGCCAGCAAGAAGGACCCAGACUCAUGCGGCUUCGUCCACAGCAAGCACGCGUACGACCCGCUGCGGCUGAUGCACGCCGUGGUGCGGGUGGUGAACGAGGUGUGCGGCCGCUACUGCGACAACGGGCGCGUCCUGCAGCUGCCGCGGCCCCGGCCCGGGCCGCCCAUCUCCACCUGCGCCAUCCGCAACUCGCGCCGCCUCAUGGAGGACCGGCACGUCAUCGUGCACGACCUGCACGCCGUCUUCGGCAUUCCGGAUCCCAGUCCAGCUUGCUACUAUGCUGUAUUUGACGGACAUGCAGGGACCGAUGCUGCUAUUUAUGGAGUAAGCCAUCUGCAUCAGUUCCUGGCAGAAAGUCCAUUCUACCCAAAGGAUCCUGUCCGGGCCUUGAAAGAUGCUUUUCGGCGCACAGACCAACUUUUCAUAGAAAAAUCACAUAUUGAGAAUCUACGCAGUGGCACAACAGUGGUAUGUGCACUGAUUCGGCCUGAAGAAAAGAAGCUUUAUGUAGCUUGGCUGGGUGAUUCUCAGGCAUUAUUGGUUCGUCGAGGGAGGAUGAUGCGUUUGGUGAAUCCUCAUAAACCAGACAGACCGGAUGAACGAGAACGUAUUGAGAAAAUGGGUGGGUGUGUGAUGUACUUUGGAACAUGGCGAGUGAAUGGUCAGCUUGCAGUUUCCAGAGCUAUUGGGGACUCGGAAUACAAGCCGUACGUGUGUGCGGAGCCAGACGUGACGGAGUUGAGCCUGGACGGCACUGAGGACUUCCUGGUGCUGGCCUGCGACGGCCUGUGGGACUUCGUGACCGAGCAGCAGGUCGCCGCCGUCGUCUACGUGCACCUCCACGAGCAUCCAGACGAUUUGAGCGGACUGAGCGAGCAGCUGGUGUGCCUCUCCAAGGAGCAGGGCUCUACGGACAAUAUCAGCGUGAUCGUGGCGCUGCUGCGACCGGCACGAAACAUGGAUAUGGGCGGGGGUGCGCUGCUGCAUCCGCCGGAGAGCCUGCGCGGACACGAGCGGCGCGACCAGCAGCUCGACCAGCACGAGCACGACCAGGACGACGACCUGGGCCCCGAGACGAGCGUCGACGACGGCGAGCUGCAGCGCCAGAGCUGUCCGACCUGGACCCGGCCGCAGAGCCGCGCCAGGAGGCCCACGCCGCCCGCCGCUUCUCUCCUGCCAGGGCAGUGUGAACCUGACAAUGUAGCAGACAGUGGUGAAGAUUCUGAAGACGAGUGGAACUAUUACAAAAUUGAACCUACAGAAAAAGCUGUUAAUGUGGAAUCUCUUGUGCAGACUAAACAAUCAGUUUGCCCAGAAUCCACGCAGUUGAAUCUCGAAGAAAAACCUGAAGAUAUAUUUGACAUGGAAUCUAGACUUAAUCCUGAUGCAAAAGAAUUUGUACCAUCACCGACGCAUUCAAAGCCUUCAUUUGAGGAUACGAUUAUUUCUCACUCACCAUCAGGAAAAAUAUUGCCGUUUGAUAAUGUAGAAGUUCCUAGUAUGGCGCAGUUCCAGCAAGAGAUACGUCUGCGCCCAGGAGAGGUAUCGGAAGAGGAUGCUCUAUCAAACAGUGCCUACUUACCAGACAUUCAGUCAGAUAUUCUUAAUGGUGGCAGUGUUAUGGAUGAUUUUAUAAAAAAGAAAUAUGGAGAGUCAGAAUUUAAAUUAACUGAACAAAAUCUGGCUGCCUUUACCAGUAACAAUCCAUUCGAGGUUUCUGAAGUGUCAUCAACAAAAGCAGUAUACGGUGACGAAUCGGCUGCUAGCUUCACGACAUCUACCUCUGACAUCUUGCAGAAAAAUUUGGGUACAAGUGCUUCUAAUGUGGAAGGGUCUUUUGUGGAAACUGAUUUUGUGGCUUCAGAAACAUCAAGUGUUAAGCAGUCUGAAGAUUUUCUUGGAUUCGAAGCUUCUAGGGAAUUUACAGAAUUCAAGAAGGGGCUGGAUGAUUCAUUGCCUACGGACUUCUCACCAGCCAAGGAAACUGGUGCAAUAUCAUUUGAACUUCAGAAAGAUAUUGCUCCAACAAUGGAAGAAUGUCCAGAAAGGGUGAAACUAACUGAUGACUUAAUCAAUCCUUUCAGCCAUGAGCAACCAAUAGCAGAAAUGCCAAUGGAAGAGAGUGAGCAAAUCACAGAGAAUGAGCGAACUGAUCUGCUUAAUGAAUCCUUUGAACAUGGACCUGAUUUUACACUGGAGGAAUAUGAGUUAAGUUCACCGCUUAACCCAUGUGCUCCUGUUUUUGACUAUAAAACCAUGGAGGAUAAUACAGAUGUCCCUAAAGCAGGCGAAGCAAAUGAAAAUGUGGAUAUUGUGGAGCAGAAGCCUACUGAAGUUUCAUCAGAUCUUGCAUCUGGUGCUCCUAUUUCUCAAAUAAUUCCUUCAGAAUCGCCGAUCGAACUACUAGAUACGGUGAAAACAGAGCUGACAGAGUUAGAUAAAGAUACUCUUUCCUCCGAGCAUGAGAGAGCUUUGUUGGCUGAAGCUGAUAGUAAACUAACAGAGAUUAGUUCCUGUGAGCAAUUGGAAGAGUACUUAAGCAAAAGCAGUCAGGAUGAAAAAUCUGAAAAAGAUCUAUUUUUGCAGUACUCAGAUGAAAGUUUGAAUUUCAAUCAGCCAUCAACGGAAAUUGCAGAGAAACCUAAUUUUAUGGAGAAAUCAGUUAAGUUGGAGGAAGAAAUUCAUGAGAAGCAAAGUGAUCACAUGGUAGAUACAGAAUUCUUGGAUGAAAUGCAUGAAACACAUUCAGAUAUCAUAAAAGAAUUUGAGAACAGAACAGUGGAGCUUAAUGAACCAUUUAGCACUGAAGGUGAAGUUCUACAAAACCCCAAUCUGGAUUCCCUGGAGGAGCUUCGGAAGGACGCUGUUGAGCCCCUGGAGGAGCUUCGGAAGGACGCUGUUGAGCCCCUGGAGGAGCUUCAGAAGGACGCUGUUGAGCCCCUGGAGGAGCUUCGCAAGGACGCUGUUGAGCCCCUGGAGGAGCUUCGCAAGGACGCUGUUGAGCCCCUGGAGGAGCUUCGCAAGGACGCUGUUGAGCCCCUGGAGGAGCUUCGCAAGGACGCUGUUGAGCCCCUGGAGGAGCUUCGCAAGGACGCUGUUGAGCCCCUGGAGGAGCUUCGCAAGGACGCUGUUGAGCCCCUGGAGGAGCUUCGCAAGGACGCUGUUGAGCCCCUGGAGGAGCUUCGCAAGGACGCUGUUGAGCCCCUGGAGGAGCUUCGGAAGGACGCUGUUGAGCCCCUGGAGGAGCUUCGGAAGGACGCUGUUGAGCCCCUGGAGGAGCUUCGGAAGGACGCUGUUGAGCCCCUGGAGGAGCUUCGGAAGGACGCUGUUGAGCCCCUGGAGGAGCUUCGGAAGGACGCUGUUGAGCCCCUGGAGGAGCUUCGGAAGGACGCUGUUGAGCCCCUGGAGGAGCUUCGGAAGGACGCUGUUGAGCCCCUGGAGGAGCUUCGCAAGGACGCUGUUGAGCCCCUGGAGGAGCUUCGGAAGGACGCUGUUGAGCCCCUGGAGGAGCUUCGCAAGGACGCUGUUGAGCCCCUGGAGGAGCUUCGCAAGGACGCUGUUGAGCCCCUGGAGGAGCUUCGCAAGGACGCUGUUGAGCCCCUGGAGGAGCUUCGCAAGGACGCUGUUGAGCCCCUGGAGGAGCUUCGGAAGGACGCUGUUGAGCCCCUGGAGGAGCUUCGGAAGGACGCUGUUGAGCCCCUGGAGGAGCUUCGGAAGGACGCUGUUGAGCCCGCCGAGGUUGUGGAUGAGCUGCAUGGAGAAGGCCAUGAUCUGAUGGAAGGUGUUAAUGAGGCAGGAGAUACAAAAGUGCAGAAUUUGGACACAAUUACAGGUUUAACUGAUAUUCGUGAUAUCGAGACAACUUCGUUCCAAAAAGACACAAUGAAACUAAAUGCAGUGGAGUCACCAGAAUUAAACAAUGAAAUACAUACUGUACAGAGUAUAACACUGGAAAAUAGGUUAUCAUUUGAGACAGCUUCUCCUCCAGCUGAAGCAGUUCAGAACCAAGAGCCUUCACCAUCUGCUGAACAAACAAUUGGUGAUAUCUGUGUGCCUGAUCUUCAUGGUGUACCAGAAGCACUGCGGGUGUGCGUGUAUCCCAUGCCUGUUGAACAAAGUAGUAUGAAAGAUGAUGUUGAAUUAAUUUCUCCUUCAUUUGAGAGUCAAGAAGAAAAACGAGAAGCUUUGGAGAAAGACAACAUUCAUGGAACAGAUUUUUCCACAGGGUUGAAGCUGGAAUCCCUUUCAGGAGAAGCAAGAGAUAUGGUUGAAACAACGUUAAAUGAAGUAAGUAAUAAAACUGAAUUGGAAGAACUAAAGGAUCUGACAAGUAAUGCUGACAAAGAUGUUGUAGUUUCGGAGGAACUACAGUCUCAACUCAACUAUGUUGGUAUUGAAACUGAAAUUGCAGAGAAAACUGAGGAAACCACUGAAAAGACAAUGGAAAAGAAAGAUAUUUCUAUUGUAGAACAGACGACAGAAAAGCUUGAAGCCCUUGAUGAAAAACCUGUUAGUGACGAAACUCUGAAACUCUCUGAUGCGGACUUCUCUGAUGAUAAAAAUAUUUCAGGUACAGCUGCUGAGAAGGGUGAGCCUGAUAAAGAGGCCCACAAAACAGGAGAUGGGGAGGACGAAGUACUAAUGAUUACAAAGACACCACCUCCAACACCAACCCCAGCAUCGCAGACUGAACUUACUAAGGAUGCAUUGGAGAUGAAGGCAGAAUCAGCAGUGUCUGCUGUAGCUGUUGCUUCAGCAGCUGUGGCAGGUGCAGCAGCUACAGCUACUGCUAUAACCUCAAAGAAAGAACCAGCUUUGAAAAAGCAGACACCACUCUCUAAAGAUGUGAAAAAGACACCUGUAGUCAAAGAUUCAGACAAGAUGAAACCCAGUACUAAAGCUCCUGUCAAACAGUCUCCAGGGACUGCAAAAGCUCCAACAAAGACCUCACCGACUUCACCAACAAAGGCAUCAGUACCAUCGACACCUCGCACGUCUACACCAAAGAGAACUCAAGUUGCUCCUCCUGCAGCAAAGACUACAGCAAAAACUACUACUACAACCACAAGUGCAAAGUCCUUGUCAAGACCAACUUCAAAUGUACCAAGUAAGCCAACUUCUCUUGCUACCCAAAAACAAUCUUCAACAACAACAGGAAAAGUCCCUACAUCUUCCAUUGCACCUAAACCUAGUUUGAAGGCUGCUGUGUCAUCGACAACCAAACCAUCACAAACAGUAAGAGCAACAAGUGCACCAAAGCCGCGGGUCCCAAGUGCAACUACCACAACGGCAACAAAGAAUCAGUUAGCCAAUGGUGAUGUAAAAAGUGCAGAAGUAAAGAAGACUUCUGUUGCCACAUCAAAAAUUGCACCAAGGACACAUACUGCACCAUCACGAACCACAACUGUCUCAAAAUCUGCUGGAACCACAACUGCAGCAAGUGUACCUAAAACUGGUGUUCAAGCAAGGACUUCAUUGACUACCCGUCCUGGUAUGACAAAUGGUAUUGCUCAAAAGCCAAGGGUUACGUCAAGUACUACUCAGUCUCCAAGAUCUGCCACUAAUCAUCAGACAGCUACAGAAAAGCAGCACAAAGAGACAGCAAACAAACACAUUUCGUCACGUCGUAUAGGCCCAGCUCCAUCAAAGACAUCACCUGCAAAAGUAGGAGUAAAGAAAUCGCCGCAAACUGCAAAAGGAGGAAAGACACCACCUACAGCCAAUGGAUCUCCGCUCAUCAGUACAGGAACGGGAGAAGAGAAGAAAAAAGACCCACUUUUGUGAAAGUAGUGGGUUUUGGAAUGAAGGUGCUGCAGUUUUGGGCCUUUGUUGUAAAGCUUUUAACAUGUAUGUAAUUGUGUUGUUAAACCGUAAAAAAAAAGUAUCUUCGUAUAGUUCUGAGAAACUUCACACGUAUAUCUCAAUGUUCCAAAAGAUAUGGAUACUAUUAGUGUGGUGAACUAAAAAACUUGAAACUAUUUUUCCAGAUGUAGCAUAUUACGUAUCAAUAUCAAAUAGCUUCUGAAGUUGUUUGCUUAUUUGGCUGAAGUGUUUAUAAAUUUUGGUUGAUGUGCUGAUUUUCUCUUUGUGUGCAGUUCUGUUCGUCUCUGUGAAGAUAUAGUAACAAUAGCAAUUGGUCAGUUAUUGGGAAAUUUUGAGCCUAAUCGCUCAGAAAGUUUGCUGUCGUUGCUAUUAAAUAUUUGAAUGUUGGUUGGCUUUUCAUACAAACUGCACAUGUGAGUUUGUUUUAAAGACUGUAAAUUUGUGUGCAAGAUGCCUGAAAGGGAGAGCAAAUAUUUGAUAUAAAAGGCUGAACAAAACUUUUUCCAGGUAUGCUUCGGCAAACAUAUUGUCUGGUGGGUACCUUGUUUACUUAGUGUCAUCACUGACACUGCAUUCUUAAUAUGCACAAUGUGAUAAUUCUGUGUUUUUUGUAAUGCCACAAUUUUAAUUUAUAUUUAUGAUGCUUUUUGUUGAUGGCAUUUCUCUUUUGUGCUAAUAGAGUUGUACUUAAAUUUGUUGUUUUUAUUUAGAAUUUUCGGGUGUCUGUGUACUAGACUUUAAAUUAUUUUAAGUAAAAUGCAAGGUAUUUUAAGUCAUAGCUGUACUGAUUCUAAAUUAUGGCUACUUUUACAUUACUGUCUUGGUUUGUUAAAGUGUAAUGUAAAGCAUUCUGUGAUGUUUAAUAGAGCAUCCUGCUGCAUGGUAACGAAGAGUCUAUCUUUGUUUUCAAUUGUAGCAUCUGUUGAUACUGCAUAUGUUUGUCAUUUAUUGAUGAGAAUAUGUUUGAAUAGCUGAUGCUGCGCUAUAAUUUAUUCAGUGCAGGUGAGUUUGUGGACUGAUAUUGUUAAUAAGUAUUUCAUAUUGAGAGAAGAUGGCUACUUGUGACAGCUAAGCUAAGCUUUGAUAUCCCAGAUUUAUACAUUGCAUUACUGUGGCUUGAGGGCCACUUGGUUAUUUAUGGCAACUGGUGAUUACAUCGUUACUCGUGCAGUGAUAGCUGGUUGUAGAUCCUCAUAUUAUCUCUGUACAAGACUUUUAUAUGUGGCAAUAUUUCUCUACAAAUGCAAAAUUUAAUAUAAUGUAAUAAAGUUUUUAUAAAAAUUA